AUUCUCCAUGUUGGACCCAAACUGAGGAACCCGGAGCUGCCGCUGGGGGAUCGGGGCUGGGGGCACCCGGGGGAGCCGCUGCCCCGGCCGCCCGCCCUCCGUACAGGCCGCCUCCCUUCCUGGCCCAGGGAGGGAACGAGAGGGGGAAUGUGAACAGCUGCGGAGUCGGAGUCUCGGGAGCCGGAGUCGGCCCCCGCCCAGGCCCCCCAGCCCAGCCCAGCGUGCGCGCCCGACCGUCCUCCCGCCCAGCCAGCCCGGGCCCGCGGGAUUGUUAGAUGGAACACGGCUCCAUCAUCACCCAGGCGCGGAGGGAAGACGCCUUGGUGCUCACCAAGCAAGGCCUAGUCUCCAAAUCCUCUCCCAAGAAGCCUCGUGGGCGUAAUAUCUUCAAGGCCCUUUUCUGCUGUUUUCGUGCCCAGCAUGUUGGCCAGUCAAGCUCCUCUACUGAGCUUGCUGCAUACAAGGAGGAAACCAACACCAUUGCUAAGUCGGAUCUGCUCCAAUGUCUCCAGUACCAGUUUUAUCAGAUCCCAGGGACUUGCCUGCUCCCAGAGGUGACAGAGGAAGAUCAAGGAAGGAUAUGUGUGGUCAUUGACUUGGAUGAAACCCUUGUGCACAGCUCCUUUAAGCCAAUCAACAAUGCUGACUUCAUAGUGCCUGUAGAGAUUGAGGGGACCACGCACCAGGUGUACGUGCUCAAGAGGCCUUAUGUGGAUGAGUUCCUGAGACGAAUGGGGGAACUCUUCGAAUGUGUCCUCUUCACUGCCAGCCUGGCCAAGUAUGCUGACCCGGUGACAGAUCUGCUGGACCAGUGUGGGGUGUUCCGGGCCCGCCUGUUCCGGGAGUCCUGUGUAUUCCACCAGGGAUGCUAUGUUAAGGAUCUCAGCCGCCUGGGGAGGGACCUGAGGAAAACUCUCAUCCUGGACAACUCACCUGCGUCUUACAUCUUCCACCCAGAGAAUGCAGUGCCUGUGCAGUCUUGGUUUGAUGACAUGGCAGACACUGAGUUGCUGAACCUGAUCCCAAUCUUUGAGGAGUUGAGUGGAGCAGAGGAUGUCUACACCAGCCUUGGGCAGCUGCGGGCCCCUUAGCCUUCCCUGCUUCCAAGCAACGGCCAUCCCAGUAGGGGACUUUCCGAUAUUGUGCCUUUAUGAUCAGCCAGAGGGAAAGCUGCAACGCCUCACCAGAUGGGGCCUGGAUAUAGUGAGAAGUGUUUGGAAAGAACUUUAGGACAGAUUAGAUGCCAAGUGGGCAAAUACCAGACCGACACCAGAGCUCCCUGCUCCCUCAGUUGGGUUCCUGAGAUAGGGUGUGUGUGUGUGAAUGAAUGUAUGUGUGGGUGUGACUUGCCUUGAACUAUGGCAACCGUAUAUACAGUGUUUCAGGUUGGGGGAGAAGUGGAAAGGUCAAGAGUCUCCCCAAGUUAGUUCGUCUCCUCUCCUGUCAGCUUAAGAGCCACUAAGCUCUGUAGGGAUGAAGACUAUUGAAGGCUCUUUUGCCAAACCCAUGGCCUUUCCUCAGUGUUGUAAGACUUAUGCCAAGGAGAAAGGAAGGGUCCGAGGCUGCCUUUGGGCACCCCAGGCAUAUGCCUUUCUCCAGCCAGCUGCUGCAGACAGAAAGACAGCACUUCUGGGAAGAUGAGAACAUAUUUCCAGAACCAGUACCCCAGUGACCAUGGAGUCCUGUGGCCCAAGAGCUGCACUUGUCUACAGCCAAGUGCCUGGCAUGGGCCUUUUCCAUGUCUCCUCACUGGCUGGGCCUGGGCCUGGGCCUGGGCCUGCCUUCCUCACCACCUAGCCAUAGUCUUGAACCUGUGGGGAAGGAGGUCUUUUCCCUGCCUUGGAAGAGGACACGUAACUGAUUUCCGUUCUUUUGACUCUGUGUAAAAAUUCUCUUUCUAAAC